UCGUUCCGUAGACUAUACAUAGAGGGCUUAACUAGGUUCAGAGCGUGCCAAAGAUCGAAGUGACAGCUUGCAGCUAUAUUCCGUUCAUUGAGGUAAAGCGAAAUCAUCCAUCCCAGACCAACAUGUCAUCCGUCUUCAUAACUGGCUCCAACCGUGGGAUAGGCUUGGAGAUUGUAAAGCAGCUCCUUGCACAUGCCAACCCUCCAGCAAUCUUGUUCGCAACCUGCAGGAACCCAGACUCUGCCACAGAACUGCAAGCAAUUGCGAAGAAUCACUCAAAUUUAAAAAUUAUUAAGUUUGGUACUAAUUCCUGA